UUAUAUCAAAAUUAUAUUCGGCAGACAUUGUUGUCAGAUAUGGUAGAUUUUUGGUAGAAAAAGGAAUGAAGUUAAGCAAAGCGCGAGAAGGGAAAUUGGGACGUACGUCAGUAGAAGUCGAAGAAACUAAAAAAAUGGAGGAUUUCCAAAAGGUGUUUUCAGCCAAACAGCAAAGUCGCACAAACGGCCCAAGUCAGAGUGUACUCCAUCCUAAGAAUAUAAAUCAACCAGAAAGCGCUGAACUAGAUAUGCAGAGCUUAGUCUCAGGCGGUAUUGAUACUAAUAAAUCUAAUGACAUUUUUGAGCAAGAGCCUCAGAGUAAGAAUUCAGCAACACAACUGGUGAGUAGUUCAUCGCGUAAUAAAUUGGGAAGUAUUCGGUCAAGAAUCUUGUUGUAUUCUAAAUUGGGUUCUUCUCAAACCAAUAUACCGAAAGAAAAGCCAAACCCUGUUAUUAAAGCUGGAUCAACAAAACUUGAACAAUUGGGAGGAUAUAACGAAAUUUGUGAUGCUACUACAGAAAAUGAAAAAAAAGUUCAGUCUAAAACUGAACUUAAACGCACUGUGACGUUUGAAAUGGUGGGCGUAAAGAAAUCCAAAAGUACAGACAGUGUUAAAAGUAGCAUUCCAUCUUCAGUACCUGGAAGAUCCAUAGAGAAUCAUACAAAUUCUCAAAAGUUUAAGCCCAUUAUUCCUCCCAAAUCAGUGCGAAACCAGAAGACCACAGUUUUAAGUGCGAAUACUACAGAUACUACUUGUAUGUCGCGCAAGUCCAAAGUUGUGAAUAAUACUGUAAAAAAGGUGAUUAGGAAAAACUUGCUUAAUGUGGGCUCAGCAAUAACUGAGAGGAUUUCAAGUGGUAAUGGCAAUUCUAAAGAUGCUGAAGUAGCUGUUAAUUCACAACUUAAAAAGUCUCAUAUGGGUACGUCACAAUCGCGCGCAGAAGCAGGUAAAAAAUACGUUAACUCCAGAACAAUACAGACCGAACGUAAAGGUACCAAUAAAAUUGUGGAUAAAUGGUCUAAAAUAAAAAAAAGUGGUAGCACGAAAUCAAUACAGGAGAGUACUUUAUCUAAAGCAAGUGAAGAAACUGUAAAUAGCGUCAUAUCCACAAAAUCUGAUGCAACAUUCACAAUUGUGAGACUUACCAGCUCUGAGGAAGAAUGUGAUAUAAGCCCGAAUAACAAAGUAAACGGAGUACUAACUCCCGAUUUAACAGAAAUACAUGAACUUGAAGAUGCAAACACACACAAUUUGAAAAGCGAAAUUAACAAACCUUAUGUGAUACUGCCUAAAAUAGAUGACGAAAUAAAACCAAAGCCGCAGGUCAAAGGAUCAUUAGUUGUUAGAACAACUCGCGUUCAACAAAACAGAACAUACAAUGUUGGCAGAAAUGGCGAAGAGAAAGUGACGUCGAAAACAUCUAAGAACGUCUUAGAGAUGCCCAAUAGACUACAUAAAGAAGCUAAUGCAAGAAGUUCAAUAAGCAAUAUGGCCUCAACAAGUCCGCGCGAUGAUAAUACUGCACGCAGAUCUCAUGCGAAUAGCACUGAAAAAACGGUAAAAGAUGUGGUUCCAGUUAAUUUGAAUGAAGACAAUUCCACAUGUAUUAAGAAUAAUACAAAACAUACGAAAACCAAGUACCCUGUAAUGAAAACUGUAGAACAUGUCUCAAAACCCAAACCUGUUGGAACUGCUUCAAAAGUCGUUUUGGGUCCUAAGUUGAAUACUGUACAAGCUAAUGCAUCUAAAAUACAAGUAUCGAAACCAAAUCCAAAAACUGUAAAAACUAUCGCAGCUACAGAGUCUAGAACUGACAACACAAGGGAAAGGAAUCUAUACACGCAAAGAAGCGCGCGCCCAGGUAUGAAAAAUGUGGAAUCUUCUAAUAGUAAAAGUAGUGUGCAUGCAAUGACUGCUAGAGGACCAAUAAGAACGACUAAUAAUCUACAUCCUCAACCUAAAACAUCCUUAACAAAACAGCCAGCUACAUUAUAUAACAGGAGAUCUUUGAAACCGAUGUCUUUAGCAAAAGGUGACAGCAGUAUAGUUGAUGCUAAGCAAACAGGAAAUACUGAAAAAGACCUGAACAAUGCAUCGGGAAGCAAAGCUAAGAAAACUAAAGAAGCAGUACCCAAGAUCCCGCCCAGUACUAUGAAGACGUCACAAUAUCCAAGAAAUAUGCAUAAUUUAUCAAAUACUCGAAAAACUCUAUAUAUCCCAGGAAAGCCCAAUGCAGUUAAAAAUUCGAAAUCGGUUGAUCAACCGAAACCAUUGAAUAAAAUAAAAGCCGAUUUAACCAAACACCAAAAGAAAGAUUGCUUAUUGCCCGCUCCCUUCUACCACAAAAUUUGUAGGCCUGAUACUGUUAUAAUAGCAAAUACAGAUGCAAAUCGAUUACUCGAUAUUGACACAUUAUUGGAAUACGAAGCCUGCUCGAUAGAGAAUGCAAAAAAUAAUAUGGAACAAUCUGAAAACUCUGACAAACACAGUGAUAAGGUCGUUUCAGAAAAUAAUGUCAAAGAUACUUGCACAUUACAAGCAAACAAUGAAUUGAAAGAAAAACGGCUUAUAACACCAUCUGUUUGUCCUACGAAAAUGUUGAACUUUCGAAACAAUUUAAGCCAAACCACCAACGCACCAGCUAAAAUUACUCCAAACAUAAAUGAUACCACACAACCGCAAACAGCUCAAAAAAUUUUAAGUGAUGCUAUUAAAACCGAUGGGAAUGAAACCACUAAUGCGGUAUUGGAUGAAACUGCAUCUAAUAGUAAAGAGAGUAAGCCAGAUCUUUCCACUAAAACGUUUGAAAUCAAUCCAGCAAAGGAUGUUAAGAUUGAAACAGCCCUAGUAGAGGAGGAAAAGCCAUAUGCAAUAGUAUCUGAAAAGGUUUAUCUGAAAUACACAAAGUUUUUAGAAGACAAUAAAUACGAUUUAAGCCGCACUCCGUCAGUGCAGAGUUUGGGCGAUAUUGAAAAAAUUGUCCAUUCAAAGUAUUCCACAGAACAAUUGUAUAAUUCGGACUUGCACAACUCAAAUCAUGAGAUUUGUGCACCUAUUAAAGAUGAAUUAGAAAAAGAAAUUCUCCAGACGGAAACUGAAAAAGACGAUAAGAAGUUUAGCACACUUAGUUCAGUAUCAGAAGCAUGUGGUAAAUCAAAAACCUCUGAGGAGUGUGUUAAAAAACGCACUGUAGGAGCAAAAAUUCCAAAUACAACGUUAGUUACCAAAGCAAAAUUACUAAAAGAGUCAAUUCAGAGUGCCAAUCCCAAAGAAGUUAAGGAAAAAUCAAGUUCAGUUAAAAAGCCUGUAAAUAACAGAACUGAUUAUUAUAUGUCGCGCAAACGUUUAGCGACUGGUUUAUCUGCUCAAAAACCUGCCAUGCAAAAAACAACCAAGUAAAUUUAGUUUAUACAUAUCUUAAACUUUCAAAAUUACAAUUUAUUUAUUUUCGAUUCUGUUUCCUGACUUAUU